AUGGACCUUCGGACCUCCAGCCUCCAGCAUAGAUUUAAAUUAAACAGUUUAACUAGCGUAGAUAGAAGUGUAAAGACCCGUCCCAUUAUCCUGCGCGGGCGCAGUCGGCGCACACUGCACUCCCGCGCUCAUCGUUCUACCCAGCGGUGGGAUCAUAAUUUUUAUUCAAAGGACAAAAAAUCCGCCAAAAUGACGGUGAAGAAGCGGGUAUCAGAUUUAACGAGCUUAGAGCGGUUUAACAUGUACUAUCGAGAGAAGGAACCGCCAAUGACUUCUGGGCAGAAGAUGAAGAGGUUCGUAUGGAACCCAAAGACCAGGCAGUUCUGUGGUAGGACAGGAGCAAGCUGGUCCAAAAUUUGCCUUUUUUACUUCAUCUUCUACUCUGCGCUAGCCAUCCUCGUAGCUAUUUGUAUGUGGACGUUUCUCCAACUUCUGGACGCGAGACAACCCAAGUGGCAGCUGGACAGCUCAAUAAUCGGUACCAAUCCUGGACUUGGUUUCCGACCAACGCCUCCAGAAGUCGCUAGCAGCGUGAUCUGGUACAAGGGUAAUGAUCCUAGCAGUUACCAAUAUUGGGUGAAGGAGCUGUCAAAUUUCCUAAAAAAAUACAAACGAGACGCGAACAAAUCUGGUGCUGGUCAGAACAUACACAAUUGCGAUUUUAAAUUGCCACCUCCAGCGGGAAAAGUUUGCGAUGUCGACGUUAACGCCUGGAGUCCAUGCGUCGAAGAAAAUGGUUUCGCAUACCAUAAAUCAACACCAUGUAUAUUUCUGAAGCUCAAUAAAAUAUACGGUUGGAAACCAGAGUUUUAUAACAGCUCUGAUCAUCUCCCAGCAGCGAUGCCAGAUGAUUUGAAGGAGCAUAUCAGGAAUAUGACUGCAUAUGACAAAAACUAUCUAAACAUGGUCUGGGUAUCUUGCCAAGGCGAGAAUCCGGCGGACAGAGAGAACAUUGGACCAAUCCAGUACUUGCCCUACCGGGGAUUCCCGGGAUACUACUUCCCGUACACAAAUCAAGAAGGCUAUCUCAGUCCACUAGUCGCAGUACACUUGCAAAGACCUAAGACGGGAAUGCUCAUUAACGUCGAGUGUCGUGCGUGGGCGCAUAACAUCAAGUAUGAUCGGUUCGAAGGCAUAGGCUCCGUACACAUUGAAAUUAUGGUAGAA